UAUUAUAAUAUGGCAAAAUCUAUUGUUACACCUUUUGAAAAAUCUAAACAGAAAUAUUUCUCUAAUCAGUGUACAUCAACACAAACUAUUGUUGAUACUAUAAAUCAUAGAGAAAUAUUGUUAAAAUUAUAUGAAGCAGCUGAUAAAUGUUAUAUAAAAGUGUAUGCACUUAGAUGCAUUCGUUUAAUUAAUUAUUGUCCCCAUUUAAUUAAUAUUCCACAUGGACCCGAUGGUUAUACACCAUUUCACAAAGUCUGCUUUCAUGGUAAUACAUGUUUGAUCGAAUAUAUGCUUGCAAAAGGUGCUAAUCCUUUUCUUAGAACUUAUAGUGGUGAAAAUGCAAUUUGUAUGGCAUUAUAUUUUUUUCUUAACCAUCCUAACAAUAAUGAUUUUACUUGCUUAGAUAUUCUUUGCGAAACAGGUUGUCAUUUAGAUAUGCCAAAUAAACACUAUGAUAUCGUUAUGAAAUCAGCUUUAAAUAAUCAUAAUAAGCUUUUAGCAGAAUGGUUAUUAUUGCAUAAUAAAAUUACGAGACUUUCGAGAAGUUAUUCAGAACCAUGAAAUUUCAUGUACUGUAUGCUUUACAGUAAUAAUUAAUUAAAUAUAUAAUUUGAUCUACAUAAUAAAUUAUU